CACCUCUCCCCAUCUUCAACAUGGUAAAUAAUUCUCUAAUGUCUUUCAAUGCAAUUUGCCAUGUUACGCGGUUUUCUUUUCAUGCUUACUACUUAAUUAUCUCAUGCUAACAUGGCCACCAUCCCUUCCCCAGAAACGCCAAACUAUGAACAUCUGCAUGACACUCGUCUUGGGUCUCUGCUUGACUCUGUCCAUGUUUCCAACCAACUGCGCGGCAACAGUUGAAAGUUGCCUGGAGAAUUCAGGCAGCUUUGAGGAUUUCAAGCGAAUGAUAAUGCUGAGAAAAAAAAAACUCCAGGGUUGCAUGGAGAUGUGCGCUUCACGCUGUUGCGCGGAUCAGGGAUGUCUCGAUGAUUGAUGUUCCAUGCAGUUAGACACCCCUUAAUUAAAGAUAAAGUUCACACAAGUAGAGCUACAAGCAGAUUGCCGAGCCAUUUUUUUUGGCCAAAACUCGCUCACUUUACAUAAAAAUGCCCCUUAAAAUCUGCUCACCCUUGCUUGCACUUCUACACACAAGUGAACAAAGCUCUUUUUUUUUUU